UUGCCUUACCUAAAAUAAACUUAGGGUAUCCAGCAGGACAGCUUCACAUGUCAUUGAAGAGCUUAAUAAGAUGCUGGCAUUCAAUAAUUUACUGAUCUCAUUGGGGAAGCAUCCUGAUGCCAGUCGCUUUGCUCGUGGGGUUGGGCCAGUGAAUUUAAUAGGUGGUGAGUAUGAUGGUGAUAGACAGAUGGAUGACUUGAAGCUCCUAUUUAGAGCAUAUGUUACGGAUGCACUAUCAAGUGGUCGCAUGGGAGAGAAUAAGCUUGCUGCAUUGAACCAAUUGAGGAAUAUAUUUGGUUUAGGUAAACGGGAGGCAGAAUCCAUUAUGCUGGAUGUUACUUCAAAAAUAUAUCGUAAACGACUUGCUCAGUCUGUAUCAAGCGGUGAUUUAGAAGCUGCUCAGAGUAAAGCAGAAUUCCUUCAAAACCUCUGCGAGGAGUUGCACUUUGAUCCACAGAAAGCUAUUGGGAUCCAUGAAGAAAUUUACCGGCAAAAGCUUCAACAAGCUGUUGCUGAUGGAGAGCUCAGCAAGGAAGAUGUUAGAUCUCUGGAGCGGUUGCAGAUCAUGCUUUGUAUUCCUCGCGAAACUGUUGAAGCAGUUCAUGAAGAUAUCUGUGGCAGCUUGUUUGAAAAGGUAAGCAUGAUAGCUUCUUUCAUGUCGAUGUAGCUUGUUAUAUAAUGU